AUGGCCCAAGACCGCAAGGUUUUUGUUGGAGGCGUCCCUCAGGAUUUGAACCAAGACGACCUUUACGCUAUAUUCAGCGAGCAUGCUGGAGUGAAGAAAGCGUGGCUGCAGAAGUGUCGAACCACAGAUGAAAGUGGGAAUGGUGCCAGUGGACCACAAAAUCAUCGAGGGUUUGGCUUCGUGAUUUUUCAUGAUGCCCUGGCCAUUGAUGAGUUGCUUGGGAGUGCACCCUCACGGUUCAUUGUCCUGCGUAACGGCACCAAACUGGAGGUGAAGCGUGCUCUUAGCAGCAAUAAGAUGAGCUCACCUCAGGCAGAUGCCGCUGAUGCAGCAAACCGGGUGCGUGCGCAGCCACCUUUGCAUAUGUCUGGACCGCCGCGAGUGUUGCCUUCGAACAUGGCGCGGAAUGGCCGACCUCCAAUUCAGGCUGACUGGGGAAGUCGUUUGCCAAACAAUGACUCAAUCCUGAGGCAGCUGUCCCUGAUGCAUGGAGCUGGAUACCCUCUUCAACCGCAGGGUCAGACCUCUCCGCUGACAGCAUCCCUGACAAGCACUCCGCCCUUUGGACCGACUUCGGCUGCAACGGCCCCCCAGAUUCGUGCGCCUGCAGCUCGUCCUGAUGGGCGAAACGUGCCGUUGCGGAAUGCUAUCAUGCAGUUCUACGAAGCGCACAGACCCGAAAAGUUGACAGAACGCGAUUUCAUUGACUUCAUCUGCAACGUGUACGAGGGGCGUGAAGCAGAACUGGAUGAGGCUCUUCGAUUGAAAUACGGGACCGGUCUUCAACUUCCGCAGUUGUCGCCUUCAAUGUCCUUGACAGAUCCUGCAAGGCUGCCCCCUAGCGACGCUUACCCGGGCUUGCCGGAGGCCUGGCUACCAGGCAGUGCGCUCCAACAGCAGUCGUUGCAGCAGCACUUGCAGCGGAUCCAGCAGCGCAUGCCUCUUCCCUCGCCCUGGCUGACCCCGUCCACGCCGGAUGUGUACAGCAUUGGCUCCAGCCAUGCCUCAGGUGGGCAGCACAAUACCCUGUUCUCAGACACUGAGGAGGGCCCAGAUUUGAGCUGGAUCGACCAGAUUGUCGGCGAGGAUGGCUUGGAGGUCUCGGAUGAGGUCGUGCGCGCCAUCAUAGAGAAGUCUUCGACAAAGCACCGAACGGAGCUAAUGCAAGCCGUUUCCGCCUUAGUUGUGGUGCUUGUGAGAUGA